AUGGCUGAAACUAAACAACAACAAGAAGAACCUCCCCUGUUUCCACCAUCAUCAACCUCUUCUUCCUCCUUCAUGCUUCUCUUGAAAAACCUUAUGAGCAAAAGACGAACAUGGGUCUUCCUCUUUCUCACCGUCUACACAAUUUUACUGUCAAUUUCUUGGAAUUUCCUCAAUUCAGUACUUUCUUGGUACGAAUCCACCAUGAAAUUGACACCCACUUCAGCUCUCUACGGAUCUAUGAUAUUAGGGCUUGCGUUUGGGGUUUUAUCGAUUGUAGCAGCUCUGAUCGUCGUUGUUCCAGCAACGCUUGUAACUUGGAUCACUAUUUUGGUUUUGCUCACAUUUGCAGGUAAAGGGAGAAGGGAUUUGGUUAUGGAGGGGAAGAAAUUGACGGCUGAGAUUACUGGGUUUGUUGUUAGGGUUUUGAUUAGAGAAGGGAAUCUUGUCGCUGUGAUUUGUGCUGUUCUUGGGUAUUUUGCACUUGUUAGAAGGAAUAAAGAAGAUGGUAUUGAUUAUUGA